UAUUAAAAAUGUUGGAUACCCAAGUCUAUGGGGGGAUUUUGAUAGAGGCGUCUUCGAGAGAAAGGCAAGAUGCCGUGGUGCUCACUGGGAGUUUUUUUUAUGAUAUAGUGCUUUAAGUGUUCCGGCUGCUUGGGAUUUUAUGGAUUGGUGCUUUAGCAUUGUUGGAGCAUGGCAGCCUUACUGCAAAGGCUAAAAAGAGUGACUGAAAAAUAUCCAGUGUUACGUGGAAUGAUCACUUAUUCCGUGUUAUGGCCGACUUCAAAUGUAGUUCAGCAGUCAUUGGACAAAACAAGAGAUAAUUAUGAUCCUGUUGAGUCGUUGCGUUAUCUUAUUCUUGGAACUUUUGGUACAGCACCAACUGUCUAUGUGUGGGUGAAGAUCGCUGGAAAACUUGUCAAAGGACAGUUGUUCAAGCAUGCUGUGUUGAAAGCAGGACUAGAGCAAAUCUUGUUUGCUCCGGUCGGCAUAUCACAGUUUUACUUCGGUAUAACUUUAUUGGAAGGGAGACCAUGGUCAGAAUGUGUCCAGGAGUGGAAGGAGAAAUUUAUACCCACAUGGAGGGUCGGCAUGUGUGUUUGGCCAGUUAUCCAAACAGUCAAUUUUGCUUAUGUAGCUGAGAAGAACAGAGUUGUUGUGGUUUCUAUCGCUUCAUUUAUGUGGACAAUAUUCUUGUCAUACAUGCAUCAUCUUGAUCAAGAGACACUGCCUGCUUUUCUUCGUAAAUUAAAAGAAGUCAAGUCCACUAAAGAAGCAGAGAUGCAAGACAGCAUAGAUUGUGAAGUGAAGGACCAUAGAUAAGUACUACUGGGAAUCUUAUGGUAAUGCACUUUUCUAUUUAAAUGUUCAACAGUCAGAGGAAGUGCCACUGAGUCUUAUUUUUUUAUACUGAGUUUACUUCUCACCCUCAAAGUAUGUUUUGUUCAUGCCACUUACCUGACAGAUA